AUGGCGGGGACGCUGGUGCGCAGAGCGGCCGACUAUGUCCGGAGCAAGGACUUCCAGGACUACCUCAUGAGUGUGCACUUCUGGGGCCCAGUUGCCAACUGGGGUCUCCCCAUUGCUGCUAUCAAUGACAUGAAGAAAUCUCUGGAGAUCAUCAGUGGGCAGAUGACCUUCGCCCUCUGUUGCUAUUCUUUGACACUCCUGAGAUUUGCCUACAAGGUACAGCCUCGUAACUGGCUUCAAUUUGCAUGACUUACAAACAAAGUAGCCCAGUUCAUUCAGGGAGGACGGCUCACCAACUAUGAGAUGAGGAAGAAGGCAUCUGCACAGCAGUACAGGGAUCUGCUCUGGAAUGGGACAGAGCCCCAGCCACGGCUGCCACGCCACAGAUCACAUAGGCAUCAAUGGUCUUGCUGAGGGAAAAACACCGAAUGCUGUCUUAAUUACCAUGCCAACAUUCUAGAAAAGCCAAGAGUCCCUAAACCAACUCUCUGCUGCCUUGC